GCUAAUGAAUCGUUCAUAUAACUGGUUAUCUCUACCCUAACCUCGAAAGUUCUGCAACCGCCAACGGAAGACCAUCAUCCGAAGAAUUCCGUGGCUUUCCCUCAAAAUCCCCACGAAAUCUAAAAAAAAAAAUGAUAAUCAACAUCGGGUAACAGUUUCUGUCACCUUCCGAGGAAUGUGAAAAUAACGGAUAGUCCAGAAUUCCCCCGAAUAAGUGAGAAAAACCAAGUAAUAAUCAGUUGACAAACUGAUUAUUAAUUAACGAAAUGUCAUCUCUGAUCAUCUCUGAAGAUUAUCGAAAAGCUCCGAAUGAAUUGACACAACCUCUCCGCUGAAAGGUUUCCACCGAGUCCGUAAGAAAAAAAAAAAUAAUUCAGUUGAAUCAUAGACUUGAUAAUGAAUCCAAACAAUCCAUCACCAAUUACUUAAUCAUUUGCUAUUAUGAACAAUAAAUUGAUAACAAUGAGUGGUGGUGAUAAAAAGGUAGGUGAAAAUUCCAGUGGAGAGGUUGCUAAUGGAUUUCGGAGCUGUAGGGAUUUGAGUGAUAUAGUACCACUGUACACAGCGAAAGGGCUUUACUUGAAACCAAUAGCCAAAAUAAAUGUGUCUGUUAAUCUUCCCCAACUGAAAACUCCAGGAAUAGCAGGUUUUACAGCACAUUACUACAAUAUAAACAGGCAAAACAAUAUCAACAUGGGAGGUUAUGGAGAAGAUUCGUCUGCUGGUGCGUCCGGACGAGUUUGCCUCCCUCAAAGUAACGAAGAGUACUCUGGAAUUUGUGAGACUGGAGGGAGAGUUGACAGACAGAAGCAGAUUGCAGAGGAUACUAGCGAGACUCGAGGGACAGCGUAUGAACUUGGCUGGAUUCUCCAGUGUUCUCAAAGUCCGGGCCGUUGAGGUCAAGGAUGAAUUUCCCACAAAACAUAGUUGGGAUUCUUACUUUCGUGAUGCCAAACACAUGAAUGAACUCAAGCCUGGAGAGAGGCCUGAUACUGUACACAUCAGUGGUCUUCCUGUCAAAUGGUUCAGUGAGGAUGGGGGUAAAACACCCAGUGAAUCCAUGGUCACGAGAAUGUUCAAGAAAUGGGGGACAAUCCGGAGAAUCGAUGUGCCUGCUGCUGAUUCCUACAGAACCAGGAUGAGGCUGGGGAAUAACAUUCAGAAAUGCAGCUUUGGUGAUGGUAUUUUCUUUGAUGCUUAUGUGCAAUUCAUCGAAUACAUGGAUUUUGUCAAGCUCAUGGACUCACUCAGGGGUAUGAAAAUCAUGAAGAAGGAUGGACAGAACUGUCUCACUGCCCAAAUUAAGGUUGAAUUUGACAAGACAAAGCACAUGAGUGACUCUUCGGUAGCUCACAGAGAAUUCGAGAGGAAGCGACUUAUUGCACAAGACAAUCUGGCAGCUGAGAAAUUGAGGCGGAAGGAGGAGGCUGAGGUGCAGAAGAGAGAAGAACAAAAGAAAAAAGAGGCAGCAGACAAGGAUGCCAAGGAGUCCAGAAGAAGGAAACGAGAGGAAAAGCGAAAGCGCAAGGCAUUGACGAUGUUUAGGAAACAGGAAGAGGAUAAAGUGUCGAUGAAAAUUGCCAGGGAGGAGAGAAAACUUAUAAAAGCACAGAGGCAACUGGAGAGCAUUCGCCUGCUCGAUGAACUCUUCGAUAGGAUAAAAAAUAAAGUCGAGAAGAAAGAGAUUAUUAUUGGGGGAACAAAUCUGGAGGAUCAAAAAUCUGGACAGAAGGUGGAGAAGGGAGAGGAGGGGACAAAUAAAUCAGCGGACAGAGAGGAUAAGAAGGACAAGAAAAAUAAGAAACUGAAGAAGAAAAAAUCGAGGAAGGAGAAAAAACGAAAGAAAAAAUCGAAAAAAGACUCUGAAAGUUCUGGCGAGGAAUCCGACGUGGAAACCGACAAGAAGAAGCUCCGCAGUGCCUUGGGUUCGAAUAACCCAAAUCCCAUGGAAAUGGAUCCCGAGCUUGGUCUCUCUCAGAUGUACCCCCGUUUCCCCCAGCCCUGGUUCUACGAUGCAGCGGCCAUGCUCUACCCCCCGAUGAGUCGAGGUGGGGGUGGCCCGAUGAAUCGAUACCAACGGGGUAGGGGUAGGAUUUUUCCACGUCGUGGUAGCAGAUAUCCUCGAUCGAUGCGAGCAUUCAACCCCCACAUGUACAACGAACAGUACUACAAAUAUUUCGCCAAUUUAGCAGGUAUCGAUUACUAUGAGAGUGAUUUCAAUUCGAAAUCACGUUCGUGCAGCCGUGGAAGAUCGAGUAGCAGGUCCAGGUCGAGACGAAGAACGAGGAGUAGGAGUUAUUCCAGAUCUAGAUCGAGAUCGAGAUCACGUGAGCGCAGACGACGCAGGAGGUCAGCCUCACGCUCGAGGUCUCGUUCGUCGAGAUCGAGACGGUCGAGAUCCAGGAGAAAAUCGAGAUCUGAAUCACGAUCACGCUCGAGGGAGAGCAAGAGACACAGUCGUAGGAAAAGGAGUAGAUCGAAAAUCAAGGUGUCACGAGCAAGGUCGAAGUCAACAACACCCAAGAGAAAGUCCAGGAGUAGAUCCUGGUCAAUGCCAAAGUCACCGAGACAACGCAGCUGUUCGUGGUCCAAGAAUGUAGAUGAAGCUGCCAAGGGAACUGAGGGGAAAAAAACUACGUGUGUAUCCGAGACUGCCGACAUUAGUAAGGAAGUUUGACAUUCUCUUCAUCACAACUGUCAAAUUAUUAUUUCAGAGGGAUAACGAUACUUCCACAAGCAUUAGCAUCGACGAAGUCUUCAUUU